UUAUUAUUAUUAUACAAACAAACAAAAGACAAUGAAAAUGAGAAAAAAUUAAGAUCUUCUUCUUCAUCUCCCACCUUGAUUUCUCUCAUGGAACCUCAAAAACCCUAAUUUCAGACUCGCCGUUUGCAUCAUCCAUCCCAUCCCCUGUUGUUUGUCUGUUUAAUCCAGAAUAAGCUGUUAACUUAGAUGGAGCAGAGCCUCAAUUUGUUUCGAGAAAUCGGCGUAUCCUGGGAUUGCAAGAAUUAGGGCAAAGCCGGAAAGCUAAGAAAAAUGGAGGCUAAUGUAUGCGAUGUCAAUCAACUGGAUGCUGAUGUCCUCCUGCCGCCGCGGAAGCGUCUCCUUGCAGGGUUGAAGAAGCAGAGCUGUGACGCGGAUUGCUCCCUGAAUGGGUCUUUUACUGCCUCCCCAUCGUCUCCUAGCAUGUUUGAUGCCCGCCUGAAUAAUCUGCUGAGUUCCCACACAAAUAACCCCGAUCUCUCACCUGAGGAAAUCGCGGAGGCUUCGAGAACAGCUGCUGAGGCGGCCACAAGAGCUGCAAGGGCCGCGAGAGCCACUGCUGAGGAGAAGGCUGCUAUUGCUGCGAGGGCUGUGGCCGCUGCCAAGAGUGCCCUAGAUUUGGUUGCCUCAUUUUCAGAGGAUGCGGCAAGUAAGGACAGUUACCUGAGAAAGAACAAGCUUAAGAAACAUGUACAUGUAAACUCUCUGUACAAAAAGUAUAGGCCGGUGGAAAAUUGUAAGACGGAUGAAGAGCUGGCGAGAAAGCUCCACCGAGUCAUCAAUAGCUCCCCGAGGAUCUCAAAGAUUUCAUCUAGUUCCGGUUCCAGGGGCCAUAAGCACAAGAAGCUGAGGAUCUCGUUUCCCCAAGAUAAGAUUAGAGUUUCCGAUGAGGACACAGAGUCAGAAAGAGAGAGAGAUUCUCCCAAGUGUAACGGGCAGUCCGUCUCUGGUGAUGCAGGGCCUGAUGAUUCGCCCAGCGAGAGGGGAAUCAAAUAUAUUAAGCCUUUUGGGCAGUCGGAAAUGGAGAAUGGGGAGUCGAGCCACUCAAAGGAGAAAUUAUUACCAGGCGAUGCAUCGCCAAACGGUAAGAGGAGGGGGAGAGUGAAGCUAAAGAAGUUGCCCUUAAGCAAUUGUGCCUUCAGGGACGAGACAACGGGCACUAAAAGCUAUCCAGUGAGUGAACCCAGGACAGGAAAUGGCUUGUUUUCUAAUGGAAGCUCUAGCGAUAGUUUGCCCCUGCAAUUAGAGACAGCAGCGGCACCAAUUUGGAAGUGCCAGGACUUUCAUGCACCUACCUGCGUGAAGCAAAAUAAAGUUGCACAGUCGUAAAGGUACUCCCAAAAUUUUGUGGCUAAUGACUUGUUUACGACGUUGAAGGGCUGAGGUAGGAUUUGCGUUUGCUCUCUCUUUGUAGUUCCUAUAGAAAUGGCCUUAUUUGAAUAUUUUUUCGUUGUUGUUGUCAUCGUUGUCCUUUUUGUUUCCUCUGCCUUUGUUGUAAUGAAUUGGACACAGGAAAUGUAUAUUUGAAUGUUCUUAUUGCUUGGAUC